UUGACUAAGUCUUAUCGUUUGUUUAAGUUAACGCGUGUAUCCAUGGAUACCAUUAGUUAUUGCAAUGUUCUUUACAUGUUACUGCAAAAACAUAAUCAUAACCUAGAACUCUUCGUCUCCCUCUCUCUCCAAUGGAAUAUCCAUUCCCAGUUAUCGACCUUUCCUACUGUGCUCCUCACACUAUCAAUCUUCAAAUUAAAACAGAUAAAGGUGCCACUUACGACGGAAAUGGUGUCCGUCGUUUUCAUAUCAAAUCUCCCCGUGUAACCCUUCACGACCGUUGUGUCUUGUGUGAUGCUGGCGGAAACUCCAUCCUCACUCUAUAUUGGAAGAUCAUGACAAUGCACCGGCGAUGCCAAGUUUUCAUGGGUGAAAGCAAUGAUUCCUCCAGAUUGCUGUUUUCAGUGAAAAAGGCAGAACUUCUCCAGAGUGGAGUGAUGAGAUUAGAGGUCUUCCUUGCAUACAACAAAAAAGAAAGUGAGUGUGACUUUAGGGUAGAUGUUGUGAGUGGCAAAAGAUCAUGCCAUGUAUAUGCAGGUGAAUCUCCCACAGUUGUUGCCUCGAUGCAGAAUAAUGGUGGCUUCAAUGUCAUUGUCUAUCGCAACGUGGACUAUGCAUUCAUAGUGGCACUGUUAGCAUUAUUUUAA